AUGGAUACAUUUUCAAUAACAAAUUAUUGUGUGAUACAUUAAAUGCAUCAGAAAUAAAUUACAUCAAAAGGUGCUAAUCCCACAAUAAAGUGUGACAUGAGUAAUUUUUCAGGUAGAUAAUAAGAUAAUAAUCCAUUAAACAGAUUUAGAAGACUUUUCUUUAAAUCACCAUUUUUUGAUGCAAAGUAUGAUGUUGAUUUGGAAAUUCAAUUAUCAAAUACGAUUUAGGUUAUUCCAAUUCGUAUGAGAGUAAUUCUCAAUAUUUCUCAAAUUAGGGGUUAGUAUAUAAAAAAAAGUACUAGUUUUAAGAUUGAUAAUCAAUAUUUAGAACUUGUUAGAAAUUUUAGUUUCAUGAUAAUCUAAUUGAAUUUUGCAUUGAGAUGA